CUCAGGCGGAACAUUGGGCAAAUGAAAAACGUCAUGCAAAAUAAUUCCAAUUCAAAUCCUCUCUUGACACACACCAACUUUGCUGUCGUUACCGAUUAUUCUUUGCGUUUUCCACCUGCUGUUAUUACUCUUAUCCAGACACCAACCAAUUCUGACCCAGGUUGAUCGCUGCAGCGCAGAAUGGGGAAUGAAUCGUCUACAGUCGUAGAUGAACAUACCCCUCCAUCUGUACUGGAAGCACGGACAAUGGAGGCGGUUGCGAAAUAUAUCCAGCAGAAGGAGGUGCGCCGAGUCGUGGUAAUGGUCGGCGCUGGGAUCAGUACAUCGGCUGGAAUUCCCGACUUCCGAUCCCCUGAUACAGGUAUCUAUUCAAAUCUGAUCCAUCUGGACCUCCCAGACCCUGAAGCCGUCUUCGACAUCAGUUUCUUCCGAGAAAACCCCAGACCCUUUUAUGCGCUGGCACGCGAGAUCGCGCCAGGCCAGUACCGACCUACGAUUGCGCACUCGUUCGUGAAACUCCUCUACGACAAGGGCCUGCUGCUGAAGCACUUCACGCAGAACAUUGACUGUCUGGAGCGGCUGGCGGGUGUUCCGGGCGACAUGAUCGUCGAGGCGCACGGCAGUUUCGCAACACAGCGCUGCAUUGACUGUAAGACGGAGUACGCGGAGGAGUUGAUGAAAGUGGCCAUUGCCACGGGGGAGGUGCCGCUUUGCGAGCAGUGCCAGGGGCUCGUGAAGCCGGAUAUUGUCUUCUUCGGGGAGGCCCUGCCGGAAGGGUUCUUUGACAAUCGCACGUUACCGGAGCAGGCCGAUCUCUGUAUUGUGAUGGGCACGAGUUUGUCGGUGCAGCCGUUUGCGAGUUUGCCGUCGAUGUGUCGCGACGGGGUGCCGCGCGUGCUGAUCAACCGGGAGCGGGUGGGGGGUCUGGGGUCGCGGCCAGAUGAUGUGCUGAUUCUGGGGGAUUGUGAUGGCGGCGUGCGGAAGCUGGCUCGCGCGUUAGGGUGGGAGGAAGAACUCCUUCGUCUGUGGGAGUCGACGAACCCGGAUCAGGCGACUCGUGCGGCUGAGUUGGCGCCUCCUCAAACUCGCGAGGAGCGACUGCAGCAUGAGAUUGAGCGGUUGACGGCUGAGGUGGACCGGACGUUGGAGAUCUCGCAUGCUUACCAGGCCAAGGUGAUGCAGCAUCUAGAUGGCCAGGGGGCAGAGGAACCCAAGCCACUCGUUACGGGGUUGGCGCAUGUUUUCCCUCAUCUGGCGCAGAAGAACUGUUCCUCAUAGAAUUUUAGCAGGUGAGAUUUAUGUGGCGUGGCGUAUUGUGUUUUGAGAGGCUGUUGGCGUUGACUGAUUUUUUUUUUUCUUUUUUUUUCAUGAAUACAUAAUGAGGUAUGAGUAGAAGCAACCAGGUAGAUUUAUUUCGAUCUGAUGAAUCUUUGUAUUCCAUCGAGUUGACUUCCACCUACUUCGUACAUACAGCGUGGUUCUACACGGAAUGAAUCCUUUUAAGAGGAGAGGAUACAUCAUAUUGUAUAACUAUCAUACUAAUUCUUAAUCACGAUCAAAAUCCAACCUGUCAUGAUCAUGAGACUAUUAUCAAG